UUUUAGACUAACACUAACAAACGGUAAUAAUGGAUUUCAACCGAAGUGUGUCGAGACCUUUAUCACAACUGGGUUCUAGUUUCAUGGAAAAUGAAGAUGAACUUCAAUUAAUGGGUUGGAAUCUUACUCCAGAAGAUCUUACUCAUAUACCAGAACAUUGGUUGGCAUACCCAGAAGUUAGAUCACUCUACCAUUAUAUUUUGGCAUUUACUUAUACAAUUUUAUUUUGUCUCGGUGUGAUUGGAAACGGUUUGGUGUUAUGGAUAUUUUGUGUCACAAUUGCAAAACCAUUUGAAGGUCGUAUGACUUAUGGCAAAUCAUUAAUAUUGAUCAUAUGUAUUUGGAUUUAUGUUUUACCCUGGUGCUUACUUCCUUUAACUGAAAAGUGGAAUCGAUUUGUUCCAGAAAAGCCGAAUAAAUAUGAAAACUACCAAUCAAACAAUAGCGUUUUAAAUGAUGACAUAAAAAAAUACUAUUUCUAUAUUUUGACCUUGGCUAAAAAGAUGAACGUUGAGUCAUUGCGAAGUAAUCAAGAUGUAAACGCUCAAUCAGCGGAAGUAAGAAUUGCAAAAGCCGCUAUUACGAUUUGUUUCCUGUUUGUUGCUGCCUGGACACCAUACGCAGUGGUCGCAAUGAUCGGCGCUUUUGGAGAUCAAUCUUUACUAACACCUAUCGCGUCAAUGCUACCAGCGGUGUUUGCCAAGACGGUGGCUUGUUUCGACCCUUAUGUAUACGCAAUCAGUCAUCCUAAAUACAGGUAA